AUGAAAGUUGUGCAUUUUUUUAUAUUUUUUUAUGCACUGUUGUGUUCAGUCGAGUCUGGGAAUAUUCUUGCGAUUUUUCAAUUUCCUUACUUCAGUCAUCAGCGAUUUCACCAGACAGUAAUGCAAAUAUUGCUAGAUGAAGGACAUACAGUGACUGUUUUUUCGACACAUCCACAUGAUUAUAAGGAUCAUCCGAAUGUGACACAAUAUGUCUUUGAGGAUUCAAUUAGAAUCCACAGUGAACAUACAGACAUGUUGAUGUAUAGGAAGAAAAAAAUGCAUUAUAGUCAAAUUUUAAUCCAACAUGAAUCUAAGGCAUACUAUGAAGCAGCAAAGCAUGAGAUGGCACAUCCAGAGAUACAACGAAUGAUCAAGAACAGCAGCGACUAUCAUUUUGAUCUUGUUAUUGCUGAAUGUUUUGUGUGCACUUCCUUUUUAUUUGCUGAAGUCUUUGACUGUCCUAUAGCUGUAGUUACCGCAAUUGAAGCACCAUACAUGAUACAUUCAUUAUUUGGAAAUGAUGUGAAUUCAUUUAAGCAUUCAGAAUCGCUGUUCUUGCCUUACAUUCAUGGAAAAAUGACAUCUUUACAGAAGUUUGAUUCCUUCUUGUUCCAAAUGUUUCAUGAAUUAGUCUUUAAUACUGUCAAUGUCUACAAUAAUGCGAAGCUUAAUUACGAGCACUUUUCACACUUGGGCAUGAGAUCCAUUAGGUCUCCGACUGAUCGUCUUGGACUUCUGAUGACAAAUACAAAUCAUGCGUUUGGUCAUGUUCGAGCAUUAAUGCCACAUACUAUUCAAAUUGGAUAUACACAUGUAGAAAGACCAAAGAAAAUUGAAGACUUGGAGCUAAAAGAAUUUUUAGACAACUCAACAAAUGGAGUAAUUAUCAAGGCUCUUGGUUCUACUGUCAAUACAAAAAGCUUAGGAAUUGAAAAUGUCAAAAAGUUUCUUAAUAUAUUCAGUAAGUCAAAAAUGAAUAUUUUAUGGAAGCUCGAUGAGAUUGAGCCAGGUCUUGAUAUUCCUUCUAAUGUAAAAAUUGUGUCAUGGCUGCCGCUUGCUGAUGCCUUAGCACAUCCUAAUGUAAAACUGCUGAUCUUCCAUGGUGGAAUAUUUACAGCUUAUGAAGCUAUUGACAGAGGAGUUCCAAUGAUUACAUUCCCAUUAGCAUACGAUCAGUUCAUGAAUGCACGACUAAUGGCUCAUAAAGGAAUCGCAAUGGAAAUGGAUUUGAAUAGUUUUAAAGACUCGGAGUUGACCUCAGCGAUUCAGGAAAUGACAAAACCAAAAUAUGCAGCAAAUGUGAGAAAAAUGCGCUCAUUAGCAUACGAUCAGCCGAUCAAUAAUCGAGAUCUCAUAGUUUGGCAUGUUAAUAAUGUCAUAAAAAAUCGAAUAAUAUAUGCUGAAGAUUUUGGCAGUUUGAGCAUCUUUGGAUCGCCAUUGAAUCAUUUUCUCGUAUAUGCAGGUAUUCUUCUUACUCUACUGUACAUUCUCGUGAAGAAGAAGUUAAUGAAAGUCGAAGAAAAAUGUAAAAUGUCGUGAAAAGGCUAAAGGAAUCAUUAAUAUUAAGUAACUUUUAAGAACCAGUUUGAAACUUGAAUUUACUUUUGAAUAAGAUCAUAUCAAUUUUAAGAAUAUGUCGUGUUAGAGUUAAUUAUUAUAAUAUAAUAAAUUAGGUUGUCAUAAGAUUCUCUGAUUUAACUAAAUUUGUUUUAAGAUG